ACGACGAAAUUUUUUCUCCAGCUUGAAUUAUCCAUUGCCGAAUGCUGCAACUUGGCACCAUGACACCAUAUAUAUAGCCACGUUCCCAACUACGAUCUUCAUCACAAAUACAUCGCAUAACAAUGGGUUUCUUCAAACGCUCUUCCAGCUCUGCCAAAUCUUCUGCAUCCUCUCAAGUCAGCACAUUGGUGGGUACCUCAACCAAAACCACCAAGGACACCAGCAAAAGUCCUGCCAAACAAACGGCAACCAAGCCCAAGUAUCCUAUGUACCCAAAGGCUCACACCCAAUUGAGCCGCAUGUAAUCGGGUUCCACCGAUAGACAUUGUAAAUAAGGAUCUUUAGGA